AUGGCACCAAAGAAACCAAGGGCACCAAAAGGACUAGGUUCUAUUCUAACAAGGAACAAGUCCAAAUCCCAAAGCUCAACUACAAAACGAGCCAAAAUUAUCAGUGAAGAAGAACGCAUUGCGGGCCUUGCCCAAAUUUCCUCUCGGCUAGAAGCUUUUUGCAAGGAACGCCACACCUCACCCAAUCCUCUUCCCAUUUUAGGAGGUAGAGACUCGGGUCAGGGGUCUGUUAAAUGUGGUGACACAACACUGGACCGCUACAGGUCAGUCUGGAAAGGAAUGCUUGAUUUUUGCAUUCUUAUUGGCGACUACACGUCUGGAAUCAUUCUCCACCAGUCACAUUGCCCUGCAAAACCUCCACCAGUGUCCCUCAAAACUUGCAUCCUCUACAUGAGAUACCGUGUACUGCCUCCAGGUACAAGUGUUAUCAAUCCAGAUUCAACAACUCCUUUUGUGUAUGGCCCCAACAAGACAGAGCUCAAAGCUGUUGGCACCUGGACUGCAGAAUCCACCGUUGGCAACUUGAACAGUGCGCUGUGGACACUUCACAGGUGUUAUGAGACAACCUGCGACAAGUAUCAGGAACAAUGCAAACAAUGCCAUGAAAUAGAUGCAGAAGAUUCGAAAAAAGGCCAUGGCUGCAGUGAUCAUGGAGGUAAUCCUCACUAUUGGAGGCGAGGCAAUCCUUCCGAAAGUGUUCUUUUUAAGAAUGCCCUUAACGUGUUACGGGAGUACUGUGAGAACAACUACAAACAUCGGCAAACUGUGGCCUUCCUUCCAUUCCAACUCAGGAAUAUCAGGACUUCCCUCCUCUCAUCUGGGUCUCUUGAGCAGCUUAUGCUUUGGUCUGCAAUGAUCCUUGCAUCCAAACUCUUCCUGCGCAUUGAUGAAAUGCUUUCACUCCAUGUGGAUUCUUUUGUUGUCAAGCACUUUCUCAUCAAAAAGAAGAAAGUUGUGGCCCUUAUGCUCAAGAUCAAAGGCAAAACCGACCCUCGUUGUAACCACUUCCUACUGUGGGACGAUGAUGAGUACCCGGAAUUGUCUCCAGUCCAGCCUCUGCUGCUAUACCUUGCCAUCUCUGGCAGGAAGAGUGGAUAUCUCUUCCCAAAACUUGAACAGAUCAACUGGGAAGAUGCAACUGAAUCCUAUAGCUACUAUCAUUUCCUCAGCAACAUGGAGAUCCUAUUUACAGACGUCCUUCAGCUCGACUUACUGCAAGAGGAUGGAACAGAAAUGUGUGCAGGCACCCAUGCAUUGAGGAAGACAGCAUAUCUACUUGCAUGGUGGGCAAUACAUACACACCCCACAUCCUUCCAAAGCCACUUUGAAGCAGCCGAUAUUCUCCCAGUUGAGCAAUUAGCAUCCCUGAGUAACGACGCAAGACACAAAAGUUCCCAAUCUUCCUCAACGUACCUCCAGGACUCCCCAGCGUUGUUCCAUGUCAAUGAAAGAAUGUAUAAUUGUCCGACAAACAAGGUUGGCACUUACCUUCCUUCCCGCAUCAAUUUUCCAGAUUCCGUUAGGGCUGCGGCAGACCCUAGUGGCACAUCUCGAGGACACAAGCAGUGGAGGCGAACCACACUCUGGUGA